CACGAGCGUGCCUGCCCUUGACUUCAGCCUUUCUUACUGUAAAAAUAGACCGAAAGGGCCAUCAACUGACCCUCCACGGUGCUGCUCCCCUUUUUGCGAUCCUUUUUAUCUCGGUCAUCUCCAGCCAAACAAAAGUCGCUUCGUAUCUCGCGAGAACAUCUUGGUGUGCGAUAAUAGGCCCGAUCUCGAGAGAGAAAGUCGAUUAACCCGCUCUCCGUAACCUUCUCACUCUCUCGCUCCCAUCGAUCCUUUACUUGCACUUGCUCCCAUUGGAACCUCCCCCACCAGUUUUCCCUGUGGUAACAUAUAUAGCAACCACUACCAUCUGGCUCGCCCUCGCUUCGCUCUUUCGAACCUACCCCACAUCCAUUCCAAUACCCAUUUUUGCUUCCAUCUUCACAACCUCUCCUCUGAGGUCGAUCUCCACGUCUCGCUAUUGCACACUUCUUCUCAAUAUAUUACACAGUAUUUCCACAACUGCCUCCAUGACCGCCACAAAGUCCCCUUCAACAUCUCACACCAAGAACGUGUUUCGACUCCAUGGCGUCAACGUCCUCAACAGAAAGAACGUCGACUCUAUAGCACGACUCACUGCUCUUGAAAGACGUCGCGCGACACAUAUCCUGGACGAGCGGCAGCGACGUGAUACUAUGAACCAGCUCUUGACAGAACUUGCCAGCCUCGUUCGCGAAUCCACUUCAGAAAUCGAUUUGACACAGCAACAAUCAUGUCUGCAAUCACAGCCUCCACAAUCCAUACUCAAUUCAGACGGCACAGAGAAACGGCCGCCCGUAAAAUCCAACUCCAUCACCACUCUCCGCAACGCCAUCGCUGAAAUCCGGCGGCUGCGUGCCUGCGCAGGUCUCCAGGCUAUCGGCCGAUCAAACCACACCUCCCCUACUCCCACACCCUCUCGCCGGUCCUCAUCGCGCUCGACCUCGCCCUCCCUGUGCGAUCUCGCAUCCCUAUCGGCCCUCGCAGAGCUGGCAUCCCAGUAUGGCCAAGAAUUUGAUAGCAACGAAAACUCCUGCGACUCCUCUCCCGCGUCCUCACCCAAUUUGACUACUCUCCGCGCGUUGUCCCCGACAUCGACAUCUGACGCACCGGCUAUCUUCUCUGACAUCUCCUUCGGCCAACUUUACUCCCCACCACUCUCACCAUCCAGUCCUUCGUCCCAGACAAACUUUUCGAUCGCAUUACCGGUCAUGAACGCAACCUACACCAAUACCGGUCAGACACAGAUUCUGCCGCCAUUGUCAUCCAUUGUUCAGUCGGCCUGUAUUACGCCAUAUAACUAUCAGCACCAGCAAGCGCAUCCUGCACAACCAAUCUUUUGCACGACGCAGUACGAGCCCACAUCGUCGUCAUCGUCAACGUCCCCCGGGAAUUCCGAGUCAUUGUCUUCUACGGUCUGCUUUCCAGAGCCAUCCAUCGCGCACUCGUCGCACUUUUCAUCGACCUACCAGUCGUCAUCGUCCUUUCCACCACUGUAAAUCCUCGCUGGGAUCUAUCCCAUUGGGAGAUCCUUCCAUGCUUGCUUUGAUAGCACAUUAUUGGCCCGACUCAAUUUAAGAGAGAUUAAAAUUUCCUCUAUGCUUUUUGUGUUUGCAUUUGUGGAGGUUGGCACAAAAUCCAUGCAAUAUAAAUUGUAAAUUUUU